AUAAAUAAAUGUUAUAAUUAUUAAUCAGGAUUUUUUUGGUAAUUUAAUGUGUAAUUUUAAUGAGCGACCAUUGUGUUGGUUUAAGUUUCACAUGGUUUUGUGAGAUCUGGUUACUAAAACCAGAAACAUGGUAUGUAAUGAAUUAAAACGUGAUAUCAACCCAUUAUGAACAUCGAAAAACACGUAAUGAAAACGAAAAGAAUUUCAUCAAGAAAAAGGUCAAAAUGCAGCUUUCACACUCAGCUAACCCCAGCCAACAAGAGAGGAGCUAACAGCCCCGACGAUACACGGUACUGCAGUGACGCUGAGGACCUGUUUGGAGACUAUGACAGUAUCCUGGAAAGCAGCUCUGUGCUGGCACAGCUGGACAGUGCAGAACUACAUGAACAUCAGGGUCCAGGUGCUGAUCUUGACAAUCCUGGAGGUGCUGAUUUCACAGCUGUCCGUGCAGCAGCUGAUUGUUUCUGUAGAAAGGAACUUCUUACUGAAUUGGUCUUGGAAGACCUCAGAAAUGCAGCCUGUGAGGAAUUGCCAGCCCCACAGGUUGAAGGUCAAAAUGUUUUUCCAGCCAGGCUCGACAGUGUUAAAACAUCGACACCGUGUAGGACCUCUGAAAAGACUGUGGAUAUUGAAAUUGAAAAGGUCGUUGAAGGUGAGGCAUUUCAUUUUCCCAAAGCCAGGAGAAGCGUAGCGGAGCAGCUGAAGAGAACCAUGCUGGUCAAUGCAGCAGCUCCCGCUUGUUUUUCACGGACAGUAAAGCUGAAAGAAGCUGUAGUUUCUGAAGAACUCCAUGUCGCCAUGCAGGCCAUGGAAACUGUAUCCACAGAGACGACAGACCUUGGGCCUUUUUUUGGGCUUCCCUCUGAAGUGAAGGAUCUUCUGUGCAAACAUCGAGGAAUCCAGAGUCUCUAUGAUUGGCAGGAGACGUGUUUGAACCUGGACAGCAUCCAGCAACGGAAGAAUCUGAUCUACUCCCUUCCAACCAGUGGAGGCAAAACCCUGGUCGCUGAGAUCCUCAUCCUCAGAGAACUGCUGUGCAGGAGAAAGGACUGUCUCUUUAUUUUACCCUACAUAUCCCUGGUCCAAGAGAAGGUCCGAGGUUUAGCCACUUUUGGUUUGGAGCUGGACUUCAUGGUGGAGGAGUAUGCUGGCAGCAAAGGAAAGUUCCCCCCAAUAAAGAGACGGAGCAAGAAGUCGCUUUAUGUUGCCACCAUAGAAAAGGCCCACAGCCUGGUCAACUCCCUGAUAGAAACCAGCAGGAUCCAGGACCUCGGGCUGGUGGUAGUUGAUGAGCUUCACAUGCUGGCUGAUGGCAGCAGAGGGGCAGUUAUGGAAAUGACCCUGGUCAAACUUAUGUACUCCAAUCGAACAACCCAAAUUAUUGGAAUGAGUGCUACGUUGAGAAACAUCAAAGACCUUCAGAUGUUUUUGAAGGCUGAACAUUACACUAAUGAUUUUAGACCUGUCCAGCUGAAGGAGUAUGUUAAACUGAAGGACACGAUCUACGAGGUGGACCCAAAGGAAGACGAAUGUUUCACAUUAUCACGAGUUCUGGCAUUCAAGUACUCCAGUGCCAUGCAGAAGACUGACCCUGAUCAUGUGAUCGCUCUGGUGACAGAAGUGAUCCCGACACAUUCCUGCCUGGUCUUCUGCCCCACCAAGAAGAACUGUGAGAAUGUGGCUUUAAUGAUAUGCAAAUACCUGAAAGAGGGCUUUGUGAAGCACAAGCAGGCAGAGAAGAGCCUCCUGCUCAAGCAGCUGACACACAGUGGGAAUGGCUCCAUGUGUCCAGUACUCCAAAGGACUGUACCUUAUGGUUUGGCCUACCACCACAGCGGCCUCACGAAUGAAGAGAGGAAGCUCGUGGAGGAGGCCUACUCCAACGGCGUUCUCUGUCUGCUUACCUGUACCUCCACCUUGGCUGCAGGGAUCAACCUACCUGCCCGUAGUACAAACACGACAGAUCUACAAAGUCAGAUCCAGAGGCGAUAUCCAGGCAAGGGCAGCAUUGACACCCCUGCAAAAUGCCUUAGGUGGCAGUCAGUGACAGUGUGGUGUCUGAUCUUAGAGGCCACAGGUUUUCCAGUUGAUGGAGGUAAUCUUCAGGUUAUUCUUCAGGAGGUCCUUGAAGCAUUUCCUCUGGCGUUCUCUGGACUGGUUUACUUUGCUCAGCUGGAAGUACAAGUUCUGCUUGGGCAGUUGCCUGUCAUCCAUCUUAGCAAUGUGACCCACUCACUGAAGUUAGUUCUUGAUGAUGCACACUAUCCUCUGAAGCUUGGCUUCAAUGCUGAUGAUGGUUCAGUAGUCUUCUCUCCUGAUGUAGAGGAUACUCCUCAGGCAGCAUUGGCAGAAUCACGUGAGGGUCUUCAAGUGGCAGUGGCCAAAAGCCUCGUUUGUGCCCCGGUGGAGAAGUGCCACAGCCAGCUGCUGCACGACGACGGAAGAGGAAUCCUGAGCCUCAUCCUGUCCCUCAUUGGACUAAACAUGACCUCGUCUUUGGAAGAGAUCCGGGAGGUUUUGCGUGGAACUCUGCUGUCUGUUCAAGAGAAGCAGCUGUGUGUGGACAAGAGCAUGUGGCAGAGUGUGGAGGAGAGUGUGGAGUUGCUCAGAGAGAAGGGCCUAAUCACUGCCGCCGCACAAAGUUUGCAAGUCACCAAGCUGGGAAGAGCCACCUACAAAGGCUCAGUGGACCUGACUUACAGUGACAUGCUGUACAGAGACCUUGACAGAGGUCUGGAAGGUCUGUUACUCAACAGUUACCUGCACCUGGUCUACUUGGUCACACCUUAUGACAUGAUUUCCCAGUGUAAGCCGGACUGGAUGAUUUAUUUUCAUCAGAUAACAGCGCUGUCUGCAGCAGAGCAGAAGAUGUGUGCAUCAGUCGGUGUGCCAGAGAGUUUUAUUACAAGGAAGGCUGCAGGACAGGCUGUGAAAAAGAAUGUGAAUGGUGUGGUGGUGAGGAGGCUCUACCUGGCCCUGGUCCUCUUUUCCUUAUUGAAGGAAACCAGUUUGUGGAGCGUUGCAGAGAAGUUUCAGCUGAGCCGGGGCUUCAUUCAGACGCUGCUCAGCUCCUCAUCCGCCUUCUGCUCCUGCGUGCUGCACUUCACAGAGGAACUGGAGGAGUUUUGGCCUUUUAAGGCUCUGUUCACGGAGCUGACCCGAAGGCUGAGUUACUGUGCCAAGGCCGAGCUGAUCCCCCUGAUGGAGGUGUCUGGAGUCAUGGAGUUCAGAGCGAGACAGCUGUACGACGCUGGCUAUAAGACGCUGCCUCUGCUGGCCCACGCGGAUCCCAGGGUCCUCGCCAGAACCAUAGACAACUUAUACAAGAACCAAGCCAGCCAGAUGGUGGCCUCUGCCAAAAUGCUGCUGAAGGAAAAGGCUGCUGUGCUUCAGGAGGAAGUGGACGACUUGUUGAUGGUUCCCACAGAACCACUUUGACAUCAUCUGUGUUCUGACAAUACAGAGAUUUGAUUGCUUUGGUUUUAUCGUGUAUUCUUAUUAAAUUCAUCUGUGUAAAACCAAAAGUGUGAACAGGCUGAGCUAUAGCAACUCCCAUCAUGAUACAUCAAACCCGGUCUGUAGUUAUGGACCGAAGCCACAGCUACGUGCUCAUCCUGCUCACAGGCGAUGUGUCUCAUUGUGUUGGACCAGAACCCCUUCCACAGUCCUGUGGAACCUGAAUGGACCGUUGGAACACAUUUCUCCCUAAGCAUUAUGAUUAUGUUGGUGGACAGCACCCUUGAACACUUCCUCUGUCUGCUGCUCUCAUUAGGGGGCGCCACAACCGAUCUUCUGUCCCCAUCUCACCCUGUCCUCUGUAUCUUUCUCUAU